AUGGACCAGUUAGAUGACGAAAAAAUGGUCAAAGUAUGUGACAAAUUAAUUGAGGUUUUCAUGGUUGACAAACCGAGGGCAACCGAUUGGAGGAGGUUACUAGCAUUCAGCAGGGAGUGGGAUAACAUACGACCUCGUUUCUUUAGCCGCUGCCAAGAGAAAGCAGAUGCUGAGGAAGAUCCUGGAAUGAAACACAGACUCCUUCGUCUGGGAAGGAAACUAAAGGAGGUAAGACGAUUUCUAAUUGCAUGGGUGACAUUUUCUUCUAUCACUUGCGCUCCAGCUUCAUGCUUUAAUCGAAUUUCUCAGGUUGAUGAUGACGUGCAAAGGCAUAACAAGCUUCUUGAAGUGAUUAGUGAAGCACCUGCGGACAUUGGCGAAAUUGUCACCCGACGACGGAAAGAUUUCACCAGGGAGUUCUUUGAGCAUUUUCAUGUUGUAGCAGAGUCUUACCAUGAAGACCCUGCAAAGCAAAAUGGUAUAACUAUUCAAUCAUUUUCCAUAUGAUUAUGUUCCCCCAUAGAUUAAUGAUUUUAUAAACUAUUGUGUUCAACUCACUGAACUGAUCUGACUUGGUAUGAUGCAUGCUUGCUUUGUUCUGUUAGCUCUUGCGGCCCUGGGAAAUGCAUGCUUGGCUGCUGUGCAAGCAUAUGACAGCGCAUCUGAGAGCAUUGAGGCCUUGAAUGCCGCAGAACUGAAGUUUCAAGAUAUCAUAAACUCUCCUUCUCUCGAUGUUGCAUGCAGAAAGAUUGACAGUCUGGCUGAGAAGAAGGAACUUGACUCUGCUUUGAUGUUAAUGCUCACCAAAGCUUGGUCUUCUGCAAAAGAAUCAAAUAUGAUGAAAGAUGAGGUAUGAUGGCUUUAGCUCCAUACUUUUAGUGAUUUUGUUGACAAAGUUUAGUGAAUGUCUAUAAAUAGUGUCUUCCUUUGGGCAGGUAAAGGACAUCCUAUACCAUCUGUAUAUGACUGCAAGAGGUAAUCUUCAGAGACUCGUGCCAAAAGAGAUCAGAAUACUCAAAUAUCUCCUCACAAUUGAAGAUCCUGAGGAGCAGAAUUCUGCUCUAAGGGAUGCAUUUACACCGGGAGAUGAACUGGAAGGGAAGGACAUGGAUGCCCUCUACACGUAAGCAUUUCAGCCCAUCUUGAAAUCCGUCCUGGUUUAGAUUAAUCCUUAAAGAACUUAGGGUGUCAACUGACCAGGUAACCCUGGGCUUGGCCUGAAAACCAGGCAUUGAUAAACAAAAUGAGCCACACAGGCCCAGGCCCUAGCAUCCUCACCCACUCCCGGUUGGCUCUCACUGCAUUUAUAGCUGAUUCUACUCAAUUUUCAUAUUCUUCAAGGAGCUCCUGCUCCAGUUUCUUUUUUUUCUUUUUUUUUCUUUGUUUUUCUUUUUUUAAUUUUACCCUGAGCAUGAUAAAAUAUGUUAGGACUGUGUUCGGCUCAGAGAGCAUUUAUAGCUGGUUCCGCCUAAUUUUCAUUUUCUUCAAGUGGGCUCUACCCCAGAUUUAUUUUAUUUUUCGUUUUUGGCCCUGAGCAUGACAAAAUUUGUUAGGACUGGGUUUGACUCUGAGUGCAGUUCUAGCUGGUUCCGUCCAAUUUUCAUUUUCUUCAAGGGGAUCUGCCCUAGAUUAUUUUAUUUUAUUUUAAAUUUAUUUAGAGGGGAGACCUGAGCAUUGCAAAAUAUAUUAGGAGUAGGUUUGUGUUCCAUGGCUCCUGCCAUUGAUCCCCACCACCUGAUGAGGGAAUUAGUUCUCUAUAUGCGUUCUGAUAAAAAUCAUCUUCUUACAGGACUCCUGAGAAGCUGUUCACAUGGAUUACAAGUGUGUUGGAUGCAUACAAUUUCAGUAGAGAAGGAACUCUUAUAAGGGAGGCCAGAGACCUUAUGAAUCCAAAGGUCAUCCAGAGACUAGAAGAGCUAAAGAAAGUACUACAGAACAAUUUCCUGUGA